AUGAUCCCUCCUACCGCUCUUAAUCUCUAUAUCACUCCCAAAACAAAGAACGAGAUCACACUGUUGGCAGCACUGCGAGAGGCAGAAGCACAAGUGGCAUAUUUCCGCCAACGUACACUGGAGCUGCAGGCAACAAAUGUGUUGAAUGAAGUGUAUUGCAAGACUCUACGGGAGCAACUAGCAUUUGCAGAGGAGAAGAAGAAACAGCUGAAAGGGAAGGGGAAACUUGUGGGUGACGGGCUACCAGUCCUCUUGUCAGGAGACUGGUUCUACGAGCACAUCGUGGAGUUUGAAGCUUGGCAGAAGUGUGAGCAGAGAGAGAAAGAACAGAGGAAGGCGGACAAUUACGAUUCCUGA